AUGCAACGCGUUCCUCCCAUUUCCAGUUCCACCCGGUUCUCCUUCAGCCCUGGGGAAGCCACGCCACAUCUAAACUUAUGUAUUUUUACUUUCUUCCCAUCUAGUACUGUUGAUUUCAUCGGAAGCUGCUAUUUUACCGAGAUCUGCAAAUGCAAACUGAAGAACAUUGCGUGUUUAAAGUGUGGUAACAUUGUCGGUUAUCAUGUGAUUUCUCCCUGCAAACCUUGCCUGCUGUCCUGUAAUAACGGCCACUUCUGGAUGUUUCAUAGCCAAGCAGUCUUUGGCAUCAACAGACUAGACCCUUCUGGUGUGAAUGUAUUGCUCUGGGGCAACUUGCCAGAUUUGGAGGAAAGCACAGAUGAAGAUAUGUCCUGCAUCUCUGAGGAGGAGUAUAUCAGAUAA